GGUGGAUGUAUGAAUGGAGACCAGCCAAGUUAAACAAACCUCCAUCACACAAUGAAUACAGGAUCAACAGAGCUACUGAGUCUGACAGUGGAGACUACAGGUGUAAGGCUAGAAGUGAAUAUCUCCUAACAGAGUGGAGUGAUAAAGUGAGACUGACAGUAUCACCCAAUAAACCCAGACCUACACUGAGAGCAGACACAUCAAUCAUACCAGUAUGGAGCAGUGUGACACUGACCUGCUCUGUGAUCAGAUCUGCUGGUUGGACAGUUUUUAAGUGGUACAGACGAUCCUCUGACUCUUCUGAAGCCCAGGUCAUAAAUGGUGGUAGAUCAAACCACAUUAUCAGGAUUUCAGAAGGAGGCAUCUACACAUGCAGAGGAGGGAGAGGAAAACCAGAGUUCUUCACAGAAGAAAGCAAGAAAGUCACCAUUCAGAAAACUGUUUCUAAUACAGUCACUGUGACUCUACAACCCAACUGGUCUCAGAUAUUCAGUGGAGAGACGAUCACUGUCAGAUGUGAGAUCCAGGGAGGUGGAAACACUGGGUGGACAUAUGAAUGGGAAACACCCAGCUCAAACAAUCCUCCAUCACGCAAUGAAUACAGGAUCAACAGAGCUACUGUGUCUGACAGUGGAGACUACAGGUGCAGGGGUAGAAAGGAUUAUUCCUUCACACAGUGGAGUAAUGUCAUCAGAUUGACUGUAUCAUCAGAUAAACCUCAGGCCUCACUGAGAGCAGACAGGACAGUCAGACCAGCAGGGGGCAGUGUGACACUGACCUGCUCUGUGGACAGAUCUGCUGGUUGGACAGUUUUUAAGUGGUACAGACGAUCCUCUGACUCUUCUGAAGCUCAGGUCAUAAAUGGUGGUAGAUCAAACCACAUUAUCAGGAUUUCAGAAGGAGGCAUCUACACAUGCAGAGGAGGGAGAGGAAAACCAGAGUUCUUCACAGAAGAAAGCAAUAAAGUCACCAUUCAGAAAACUGUUUCUAAUACAGUCACUGUGACUCUACAACCCAACUGGCCUCAGAUAUACAGAGAUGAGACGAUCACUGUCAGAUGUAAGAUCCAGGGAGGUGGAGACACUGAGUGGACAUAUGAGUGGGAAAAAAACAGCUACAACAAACCUCCUUCACGCAAUGAAUACAGGAUCAACAGAGCUACUGAGUCUGACAGUGGAGACUACAGGUGCAGGGGUAGAAAGGAUUAUUCCUUAACACAGUGGAGUAAUGUCAUCAGAUUGACUGUAUCAUCAGAUAAACCUCAGGCCUCACUGAGAGCAGACAGGACAGUCAUACCAGCAGGGGGCAGUGUGACACUGACCUGCUCUGUGAACCCAUCACCUGGUUGGAAAUACUUCCUGUACAGAGACAAUAAACUCUCUGAACCCCUGACCACACAUGAUGCUGCUUUUCAAACAACUGGAAGAACCAGUGUCUCACAGGAAGGACUCUACAGCUGCAGAGGAGGAAGAGGAGACCCAGUUUACUACACAGAGUACAGUCACUCAGUUAGCAUUGACAUCACUGUGUCAAACAGAGCUGUUGUGAUUCUGCAACCCAACUGGUCUGAGAUAUACAGAGGAGAGACGAUCACUGUCAGAUGUGAGAUCCAGGGAGGUGGAGACACUGAGUGGGAGUAUCACAUCAUGACAUCUUUUCAUUCUGAGUAUCCUGGAGCCUCAGUAACUCUGAACUGUGAGGUUGAACAUCCAUCUGCAGGAUGGAGGUUCUACUGGUAUAAGACUGUUCCUGAUCUGUCACACAACUCCUACAUCUAUGAACUGUUACCUGGUAACAGCAGUGGGACUGAACAGGAUUCCUACAUCGUUCAUGGUCAGACACACACAGCAGGAUAUGUGUGUAGAGCUGGAAGAGGAGAUCCAGUGUUUUACACUGACAAUAGUGAACCAAAGUUUGUCUGGUCUGGAGAUCUUCAUCCAGCAGCGUCUCUCACAGUGAAUCCUGACAGAGUGCAGCACUUCUACUCUGACUCUGUCUCACUGAGCUGUGAGGGAAACUCUGCUGAGUGGAGAGUGAAGAGGUUUAAUGAACAUGGCUACCAGUCAGACUGCUCUGACUGGAGGAGAAUGACUGGAUCCACAUGUAACAUGAGGCUUUACUGGUAUGGUAAUGCAGUGUACUGGUGUGAGUCUGGAUCAGGAGAAUUCAGCAAUGCAGUCAACAUCACUGUACAGAGUGAUUAUUAUUAUGAUAUUAUCCUGGUGAGCCCCGUCCAUCCUGUGACUGAGGGAGAGUCUGUUAGUCUUGGCUGCAGAUUCAGGACAGAAGAAAAACUUUCCAGUGUGUUUUUCUAUCACAAUGACAAACUCAUCCAAAAUGACACCAGACAGGAGCUGAAUAUCUCUGCAGUGUCAAAGUCAGAUGAAGGUUUCUACAAGUGUCAGUGGUCAGGAAGAAAGUCAGCACAGAGCUGGAUGUCAGUUAAAGUAGCUGUACCGGAACCUAAGAGCUCUUCAUUCCCUGUGUCACUGGUCGUUGGGCUGGUUUGUGGAAUCACACUUAUUAUUCUCCUGCUCCUGUUGUAUCACUACAGACAGGAUUUGUGCUGUAUCAGGCUGAUUCAGUCAAAGAGGAGCAGUCGGAGCUCCACUGCUAAUCACAGAGUCAACCAGAAUGAAACUCUACGUAAUCAGUACUCUGUUGUCCAAGGUGAUGUUUCUGUCUAUGAUACAAUCAGAGACUCUGGAGAUGCUGAACAUGGUGAUGCUGCCCUCUAUGAUUCAAUCAGAGACUCUGCUGAAAAUGGUGCAGGUGAAUCCAUGGAUGUCACAUACUCUGUCAUUGAACUUAAAAACACCGGGAAGAAGGGGAAGCGCUGUGAACCAGGGGAGAGCUCUGUUUACUCUGAUGUGAAGAUUGGAGCUACAGCUGUAUAUUAUAGAGAUGUGGCUUCUGUUUUAGACAACAGUCCCAUGUACGCCCAGGUGACCAGGCACGAUAAAGGCAAACGCAAGAAAAAGAAAGCAGAAUCUACUCCUGCUGCAACUGAUGAAGCUGUUUAUUCUCAAGUGAAUCCAGGAACAUCUUCUGGUCUGUGAAGAGCUGUAUCGAGAAAUAGUUGACAGAUUUUUAGCACAAAGCAGAAGACUACUGAGUUAUUAUCUUUAAUGUUUUUACAGUUUUUUGUCAUUUAGUUUUUGUGGGAUACUUUGAAUGCAGGUUGUUCUAAAAAGCAGCAACAGUCUGAUACAGUAUAUUUAGUUUUAGUGCAGGUGAUUGUGCAGCUUUAAAGUCGGUCAAGCUCUAGGAGAGGCACCAACAAUUACUCUCACUGUAUGUACAAUAUGUGAUGAUAUUCUACUAACAUAUUUUGUUAAAUGCCCUGUAAGUGUUUUUUAAAUUGAUACUGUAUUUAUUUUAUUUUCACUUAUUUUCACCUUUGUUUUGUAUUUUUAAAGGCUGUCAAAGUUUGAUCAUUUUAUGCAUCAAUGUUUUUCUUCCUUCCUUGACAAAAAGUUGUACUCUGUGGAUUAUUCCAAAUAAUCAAGACAUUAGUUCCAGUUUUUGAUUCCGUUCAGAGACAGACAUUUUACAACCUUAACACAAAACAAGUGUCUUCAUGAUAAAAUACCACUAGAUGUCAGUGUAGUUAAGGUUUUGCAUCAUGAGGUUAACAGCAGAGGAAGCCAGUAGAAACAGACACAGAGCACAGUAUUGAAGGUGAAGUGUAUAUCACUGUAUAUCCUUAAUGUAAAAAACAGACAGCAGCAGAGACAGUUGUAUUUAAACUACAGUCAGUAAAUAGAGCUGUUUAGUAGCUGUUGUGUUUAUUUAAAUGCACUGUGAAUGUGUGUGCAUGAAUUUCUGCUACUUCAACAACAGAAAUAAAUAAAAUGCUAAGUGAAUUAACA